GACGAUUUCUUUUUUUUCUUUUUUGCUUUUUUUAAAAUUAUCUAACUUCGGACUGUGAUUGGGGUUACCUUUGGCAGGUUAUCUUCCACCUUUUUCAUUACUUGGACCAGUCGGAAAGGGCGGAAUUCCCGUGCCUUGAAGUUCUCUUGCAUCGAUAUAGUGAUUGAGAGAGAAGAAAGAGUGAGAGUGAGAUUGAAUUGAGAGAGAGAGAGAGAGAGAGAGAGAGAGAGAGAGAGAGAGAGAGAGAGAGAGAGAGAUGUCUCGGAACUCGUUGGAGAAGCUGGCAUCGAUUGAUGCGCAGUUGAGGCUUCUUGUUCCGGCAAAGGUUUCGGAGGAUGAUAAGCUGGUGGAGUACGAUGCUCUUCUCUUGGAUCGGUUUCUCGACAUUCUCCAGGAUCUGCACGGGGAUGAUAUCAAGGAAACAGUUCAAGAUUGCUAUGAGCUUUCUGCUGAGUAUGAGGGACAUCACAACCCUCAGAAGCUAGAAGAACUUGGAAAUGUGUUAACAAGUUUGGAUCCUGGCGAUUCUAUUGUUGUUGCUAAAUCAUUCUCCAACAUGCUUAAUUUGGCUAACUUGGCUGAGGAGGUCCAGAUUGCUUACCGGCGGCGGAUCAAACUAAAGAAGGGAGACUUUAAAGAUGAGAGUUCUGCAACGACUGAAUCAGACAUCGAAGAGACCAUCAAGAGGCUUGUAACGCAACUGAAUAAGUCCCCCGAAGAAGUAUUCGAUGCUCUGAAGAAUCAAACUGUCGAUCUGGUCUUUACUGCUCACCCUACUCAAUCAGUCCGAAGAUCUUUGCUUCAGAAACAUGGAAGGAUAAGGAAUUGCUUGACACAGCUGCAUGCCAAGGACAUUACUCCUGAUGAUAAGCAGGAGCUUGAUGAAGCUCUACAGAGAGAGAUUCAAGCUGCAUUUCGUACUGAUGAAAUCCGGAGGACUCCUCCUACUCCACAAGAUGAAAUGCGGGCAGGAAUGAGUUAUUUUCAUGAAACAAUCUGGAAGGGUGUCCCGAAAUUUUUACGUCGGGUUGACACAGCUUUGAAGAACAUUGGAAUAAAUGAGCGCGUGCCUUAUAAUGCGCCUCUUAUUCAGUUCUCUUCUUGGAUGGGUGGUGACCGUGAUGGAAAUCCUAGAGUAACUCCUGAGGUUACAAGGGAUGUAUGUUUGCUGGCUAGAAUGAUGGCUGCGAAUUUGUACUAUUCCCAGAUAGAGGAUCUAAUGUUCGAGUUGUCCAUGUGGCGUUGCAGUGAUGAGCUUCGUGUCCGUGCAGAUGAACUACACAGAUCCUCAAGGAAAGAUGCAAAACAUUACAUAGAAUUUUGGAAGCAAGUCCCUCCAAACGAACCUUACCGUGUCAUACUUGGUGACGUGAGAGAUAAGCUAUAUCAUACGCGUGAGCGCUCCCGCCACUUGUUAGCCAGUGGGAUCUCUGACAUUCCCGAGGAAGCAUCUUUCACCAACAUUGAGCAGUUCCUGGAGCCUCUUGAGCUUUGUUACAGAUCUCUCUGUUCUUGCGGUGACCGCCCAAUUGCUGAUGGGAGCCUUCUCGAUUUCUUGCGCCAAGUUUCAACCUUUGGCCUGUCACUUGUGAGACUUGACAUCAGGCAAGAAUCGGACAGGCACACAGAUGUCAUAGAUGCUAUCACAAAGCAUCUGGGCAUUGGAUCCUACCGUGAUUGGCCUGAGGAAAAGCGCCAGGAAUGGUUGUUGUCUGAACUCAGCGGCAAACGCCCAUUAUUUGGCCCUGACCUUCCGAAAACGGAAGAAAUUGCCGAUGUGCUGGAUACAUUCCAUGUCAUCUCUGAACUUCCAUCAGAUAAUUUUGGGGCCUACAUCAUCUCAAUGGCGACAGCCGCUUCAGAUGUGCUCGCUGUCGAACUCUUGCAGCGUGAAUGCCAUGUGAAGAAGCCACUGAGAGUCGUCCCAUUGUUUGAGAAGCUUGAUGAUCUUGAGGCUGCUCCCGCUGCCGUUGCCCGGCUUUUUUCGAUAGAAUGGUACAGGAACAGGAUUGAUGGAAAGCAGGAGGUCAUGAUUGGAUACUCGGAUUCCGGUAAGGAUGCUGGGCGUCUUUCUGCUGCUUGGCAGUUAUACAAAGCUCAAGAGGAGCUUAUCAAGGUUGCUAAGAAGUAUGGAGUGAAGUUGACAAUGUUUCACGGUCGAGGUGGGACUGUUGGAAGAGGAGGCGGUCCUACCCAUCUUGCUAUCUUGUCUCAGCCGCCGGACACCAUCCAUGGGUCACUUCGUGUGACAGUUCAAGGUGAAGUAAUUGAGCAGUCUUUUGGGGAGGAGCACUUAUGUUUCAGAACGCUCCAACGUUUCACGGCUGCUACUCUUGAGCAUGGCAUGCAUCCCCCGGUCUCGCCGAAGCAAGAAUGGCGUGCACUGAUGGAUGAGAUGGCUAUCAUAGCUACAAAGGAAUACCGAUCCAUUGUUUUCCAAGAACCAAGAUUUGUCGAAUAUUUCCGUCUCGCGACACCAGAGUUGGAGUAUGGUCGGAUGAACAUUGGAAGCCGGCCAUCAAAACGGAAGCCGAGUGGAGGCAUAGAGUCACUUCGUGCAAUUCCAUGGAUCUUUGCAUGGACACAGACAAGAUUUCACCUUCCCGUGUGGCUUGGCUUUGGUGCGGCAUUUAAGCAUAUCAUGCAGAAGGAUGUCAAGAAUCUCAACGUGCUCCAGGAAAUGUAUAACGAGUGGCCGUUCUUCAGGGUCACGAUCGAUUUGAUUGAGAUGGUGUUCGCCAAGGGAGACCCAGGCAUUGCUGCUUUAUAUGACAAGCUGCUAGUAUCAGAUGAUUUAUGGGCAUUUGGAGAGCACUUGAGAGCCAACUAUGAUGAAACAAAGCGCCUUGUACUCCAGGUUGCUGGUCACAGGGAUCUUCUUGAAGGGGACCCAUACCUGAAACAAAGGCUCCGCUUGCGUCAUUCAUACAUCACUACUCUCAACGUGUGCCAAGCCUACACGCUGAAGCGGAUUAGGGACCCCGAUUACCAUGUCACGGUGAGACCCCACUUGUCGAGGGAGAUCAUGGAAUCAAGCAAUCCAGCCGCGGAAUUGGUCAAGCUGAACCCAACGAGCGAGUAUGCGCCUGGCCUGGAGGACACCCUCAUCUUGACCAUGAAGGGUAUUGCCGCCGGCAUGCAGAACACUGGUUAAAAUGCACUUCAAGCAUCUCUUUUUGUUUCUUUUGUCAUCCCGUUCAUAGUUUUAUAGCAUAAAAUAAGAGAGGCAUGUUGUUUCUCUAUACAAUGUUCGAAUCUGAAAAGGUAUGCUUACAGUUAUGUGGCUGGUUGUUAAGAUCGUUGACAGAAAUCAAGAUCGGAAUUAUAUGUAGAUUGCUCUACUUAUUAUUCUGUGGAAUAUAAAUAGAUUUUGGUGAAUGCCUAUGUCAAAUAGAAUGAACUGAAAUUUGCUUGUGUUCAAUGGGAACUAUCAGCUAUUGAUUUGAAUAACAAAGUAGCAACGACAGAAAUCUUUUCCUGGUA